AUUCAACAGGUCUUUGAUUUUACGUCAUGUCACUCGGGCAAAAUGUCAGUCAAUCAGCUAAUGUCAAUUGUCAAUAGAUGCAUUGGAUUUAUUUAUUGCGGAACAGAAAGUAAAUAAAGAGAAGUGCAUUUUUUAAAGUAGUAAUAAGUGGUUUGAAUACUUGUGGCAUCAAUAUAAAUACAUAAUGACUACAUUUAUAUUGUGUGCUUUGCGUUUGACAUAUAGAAAACAGAAUUUCAAAGCAGUCUUUUAUUCAUCACAGCCAGAACGUGCUAGUGAAAGAAACUUAGGAAAAGUUGUUAACGUAGCUAUUAUUGGGGCGCCAAAUUCUGGAAAGAGCACCCUCAUAAAUAAAGUUACUGAAAGGAAGAUAUGUGCAGCUUCCAGCAAAGUACACACGACGACCAAGUUAGUAAGAGCAAUGUGCUAUGAAAAUGAUACACAGAUCAUAUUUUUAGAUACUCCUGGAGUUGUCACCGAAAAAGAAAAGAAAAAAUAUAAUUUGCCUGAUUCCAUGAUGGGAGCGUGCCACAAAAGCUUGAGGUGUGCUGAUGUUGUUGGUGUGGUUCAUGAUGUUUCUAAUAGAUAUACAAAAGAUGUUUUACACUCAGAUGUAAUCAACAUGCUCAAUGUUAUAGCUGAUGUACCAAGCUUUUUAAUUAUUAAUAAAAUUGAUAAACUAAAAUCAAAAAAUCAACUUCUGGGCAUAAUAAGAAGUCUCACCAAUGGUAUGAUUGCUGGCAAUCCUAUCCCUGGAUCAGAAAGACGGAAAAGGAACACUGAAAAUAAAUUAGAAAAAGGAUACAGUAAAUUCUCUGAUGUCUUUCUUAUAUCAGCACUGAAUGGUGAUGGAAUACUGGAUAUAAAGAACUAUCUUAUCAGCAAUGCAAAGACUGCUGGAUACCAAUAUGCUCUCUCAGAAUGGACAGACCAGAAACCAGAAACUCUUAUAAUGGAAGCAGUUAGGGCUAAGUUUUUAGACUUUUUGGCACAAGAGAUCCCAUACAAACUGAAUGUUCAACUUGAAUACUAUGAAGAAAUUGAAGAACAAGAUAAAAUUCUAUGUGCAGUAGUGGUAGAGUGCCCCAAUGAAAGAUUAUUAAGGUUAAUAGCUGGGGCUGGUGGUGGUAGACUACAACAAAUCAAAUCACAUGUUAGAAAUGACCUAGUAGAUUUAUUUAAGAAAACCGUUAUUAUUGACUUACAGUUAAAAGUGAAAAAUCGAAGUGAAUCUGUAGCAUAAGUAGUGUUUUUAAACGAAUUAUUAUUAAAGUGCUAUACAUAUUGAUUGUUAUAAUGUGUCCACAUCACAAUUGUAAGG